AUGGAGGUCCUCAUCCCUCUAGCCAUAACCAAUGAUGGCUUUGACCUGGUUGCAGGGGGUGGGCGGCGCCCGGCAGAGGGGCAGUCCCCACACCUCAGCCCCGGCCCGGAAGGCGGCGGCGGCCGGAGAGGCAGCGUCCCGGACUAUCACCCUCCCGGGGAAGGCGCAGGUUCACUCUAUCCUUCCUGCUCGUGGCCCUCCACGCGCUUUACCGCAGCCGCCGCCGGCGACCCCAAACGCCUCUCCCCGGCCGCCCGCGGGCCUAGAGUCUCCUCCGCCGCCUCCCGGUCCCUCGGCUCCGGGCCGCGCUCCCGCGAGGGCGGCGACCGGGGGAGGGGCCGCGCCCCCGCCCGCCUCCCGCCUCCCGGGCCCGGAGCGCGCGGGGCCCGCAGCCCGCGGCGCCGCGCGGGGACUCCGUGUGCAGCGCGCCGCGCCCGGACUCGCCGGUUCGGCGGGCGAAAGGAUGCUACUGGCGGGCUCCUGCGGCCUCGGCCCGCGCUCUCGCCGGCCAGAGCCCCGGGCGCGCCCCUAGCCGCUGGCCUCCAGCCCCCGAGCCGCAGCCCUGAGGGCCGGGCGCGCUUGGCCGGCGUCCGCGAGCUCUCCACCUCGCCGUCGCCGCCGCUUCCUCCAGCGGCCGGGCCCCCGUAG